AUGACCUACUACCAUGAGGCUGUCAUCCACACAAAUGAGCUUUUGGGCUCUCUUGUCAAGGCAGAGAACAAGAUUCAAACUCGUGUCAAGAUCGGCUUAAACAGUAAGAUGCCAUCCUGUUUCCCUCCUGUUGUCUUCUACACACCGAAGGAGCUUGGUGGUCUUGGAAUGCUUUCGAUGGGUCACGUUCUUAUCCCGCAGAGUGACUUGCGAUGGUCCAAGCAAACUGACGUUGGAGUGACGCAUUUCCAUGCUGGUAUGACCCACGAGGAGGACCAGUUGAUUCCGAACUUGUACAGAUAUCUUCAGCCAUGGGAGGCAGAAUUUUUGGAUUCGGCUCGUGUUUGGUCCGAAUACUCCAUGAAGCGGAAGGAGGCCAAUGCCCAGAAUCGGCGCCUCACCCUUGAAGAUCUUGAAGAUAGCUGGGACCGUGGUAUUCCUCAUAUCAACACCCUCUUCCAAAAGGAUCGCCAUACAUUGGCAUAUGACCGAGGAACUUAUUUCCCUACCUGGGAGGGUCUCUUCUGGGAGAAAGCGUCUGGAUUCAAAGAGUCUAUGCGAUACAAGAAACUCACCAACGCCCAGAGGUCAGGUCUUAACCAGAUCCCUAACCGUCGAUUCACGCUUUGGUGGAGUCCGACCAUCAACCGCGCCAACGUCUAUGUCGGUUUCCAGGUCCAGCUUGAUCUGACGGGUAUUUUCAUGCACGGCAAGAUUCCCACCCUCAAGAUCUCACUGAUUCAGAUCUUCCGUGCGCACUUGUGGCAGAAGAUUCACGAAAGUGUAGUCAUGGACUUGUGUCAGGUCUUUGAUCAGGAGCUAGAGCCUCUCCAGAUCGAGACAGUACAGAAGGAGACUAUUCACCCUCGUAAGAGUUACAAGAUGAAUUCAUCUUGCGCCGAUAUCUUGAUGUUCUCAGCCUACAAAUGGAAUAUCUCUCGGCCUUCAUUGGUCAUAGAUAACAAGGACGUUUUGGAUGGCACGACCAGCAACAAGUAUUGGAUUGACGUUCAGCUUCGGUGGGGUGACUUCGACACCCAUGAUAUCGAGCGGUGUACUCGUGCCAAGUUCUUGGACUACGUGUCCGACUCCAUGAGUAUCUACCCCUCACCAACUGGUGUUAUGAUCAGCAUAGAUCUAGCCUAUAACCUGUGGUCUGCGUACAGCAACUGGUUCCCCGGUAUGAAGCCUCUGAUUCAGCAAGCCAUGGCCAAGAUCAUGAAGGCCAAUCCGGCAUGCCACGUCUUGCGCGAGCGUAUUCGCAAGGGUCUCCAGUUGUACUCUUCUGAGCCCACGGAGCCUUAUCUCAACAGCCAGAACUAUUCGGAAUUAUUUUCGAACCAGAUCAUUUGGUUCGUCGACGACACUAAUGUGUAUCGUGUCACUAUCCACAAGACGUUCGAAGGUAACUUGACGACUAAACCAAUUAACGGCGCCAUCUUUAUCUUCAACCCAUGUUCUGGACAGUUGUUCCUGAAGAUCAUCCACACCAGUGUCUGGGCUGGCCAAAAGCGUCUCGGUCAACUCGCAAAGUGGAAGACUGCCGAAGAAGUGGCUGCAUUGGUUCGUUCACUGCCUGUUGAAGAACAGCCGAAGCAGGUCAUUGUCACUCACAAGGGCAUGUUGGACCCUCUCGAGGUUCAUUUACUUGAUUUCCCGAACAUCGUUAUCAAGGGAAGCUUGCAUGAAGAUGGAGAAGUUCGGUUCCUACGUGCUACACAACCUCAAAUGGUACUGUUCAGCUUGUACGACGACUGGCUCAAGUCGGUGUCCAGCUACACUGCCUUCUCUCAUCUUAUCCUCCUCCUUUGUGGCUUGCACGUCAACAACGAGAAGGCGAAGAUUAUUUUGCACCCGGACAAGUCGACCAUUACAGAGCCUCACUUCGUCUGGCCCACUCUUACAGAUGAUGAAUGGAUCAAGGUUGAGGUUGCAAUGAAGGAUCUUAUACUGGCAGAUUUCGGCAAGCGGAACAGCGUCAACAUCGCGUCCUUGACUGCGAGUGAAAUUCGUGACAUCAUUCUUGGUCAAGAGAUUGCUGCUCCCUCCGUACAGCGCCAGCAGAUGGCUGAGCUUGAAAAGAGUAAUGAGGCGCAGGACCGUCACGACAACCAACUUCAGGUGUUUAGCAGCAAAUCUGAUUGGCGUGUCCGUGCCAUCUCUGCUACGCAUCUUCCUCUCCAUCUCCAACAUAUCUAUGUCUCCAAUGAUGAUAUCAAGGACGACGCUGCUUCGUACACCCAUGUAUUGCUGAAGAACAUCCUGCAGGCAUUCAUCACUGCAGCAGAUCUUCGCACUCAGGUUGCGGCCUUCCUUAACAAUAGCAUUGAGCUGCCCAACCAGUUGCCGAGGGACGACUUCCUUCUCAAAGAUCUCGGACCUCCUGGGUGGGUCAAGACGCAAGCGCUUGAACUCAGUCAUCUUUCUCCCACAGACGUCACCAUUCAAGCCAAGCUGAUGUCUGGAUCCAAGAUGCCGUACCUGUUCAAUACCUCCCUUCAAGCUUACUGCUCGUACUCAUUCUGCUUGUCAUUUGUUGAGGACCUCUCGUUCGACGACACUCUCCUGAUAGAUACCAGGACUGUAAUCAUCAUGCCAUCAGAUACUCAAUCUACAGCUCACAAAAAAGCUGCUGCGUCCGCGCCUUCGAAGGAUUCAUUAUCAAGGACGCCACAUGCCAUUGACUGUGCUGCAUAUACUUCUUCAUCAUCUACUGCAUCUCCGGCACUUGAAAAGCGCGAAGAAUCCGCAGGCACAUCCACACUCCUUUCGCAAAGUUAUUCCAGGUGCAGCAGUCUCCGGUGUCGCUCUCAAUCUAAAGAUCACGCUUCAUUUGUAGAGUCUUCUGAGAUCAAACGUGUCAAGAAACCCAAAGAGAGCUUCUUGGCCACGUUCUUUUGCAAGCUCUUCUGCUGCGUCAGAGUCGAUUCCCGAGCUCAUGACAUCGACGUCGAUGGUGUGGCAAGCGUUGGGUCGGGUCCUACUUUACUGGCUCACAAGACCGCAGACAAUGCUGUGAAGCAAUUUUCUGAAAAAGCACCGGUCGCAUCCUCAGGUCAACCUGCUGUACCUCUUAAGGACUUGCUAGAGACUGCGGGCGCUACCAGUAGGGCCGUACAACUGCCAGGUUCUUCUGUUCCUGGUCAAGUAUUAAAGACCUCUGCAAGUCACCCAUCCGAACAUGGUAACGAGUCGGAUGAUGUUUCGAAUGGGGGUGCAGGCAUUCCCAUGGGCUCUGACGGAAAGCCAUGGCCACUUCUCCCACCCAUCGCGCCUAAACAUGUUGGCAAGAAGUGUUUAGUGCUUGACCUGGACGAGACCCUCGUCCAUAUUAACAUCAUGCCCAUACCAGAUCCAGACUUUGUCGUUCCUGUCCAAAUUGAGCAUCAAUGGUACAACAUGUAUGUACAGAAGCGACCAGGAGUAGACGAGUUUCUUCGACAGAUGGGUGAGCUGUACGAAGUAGUAGUGUACACCGCAAGUCUGGGUUCCUAUGCAGAUCCGGUGAUGGACCAUCUCGAUAUCUACAAUGCCGUUUCGCAUAGGCUUUCGAGUUGGGCCGCAAGAAUGUGGAUAAUUCUGCCAACCUACAUAUACUGCACCAGAAGUUUGGUUCGAUUGUCUUUGUACUCUCCGUACUACUAUGGCACGAACAACCUUCAGUCACAGGUUCCUGGCUUGAACAUGACAACUUACAGUUCUCAGCAACAGAUUCUCAAUCAUGUGGUUGGUAUUUGGCCAACGCAACUCCCGCAGUACGCUGAAGUGAUGAUGCUUGAUGAUAUACCUGAAGAUACUUCCGUUGGUAGGAAGAAAACUGAUGUCCCUAGGCCCUUAAAAUAUGGGAAUUGGGAGGAAUUUGUCCACCCGUUAGGUGGUACAUACUACUAUCAUAAGGACAAGAGAACGUAUACUUCGGUAAACCUAAGGUGGUACCAGGAUCCCCAGAAGAUCGAUGACUUUGUCGAUGCAUUACGAGCUGUGACGCAAGAAGAUGCGUGGAUACUGGUCGUUCAUCCAACGAUGUUCAGAGGAGAAGAAAAGUUCCAAUAUUACUACGUGGUUCUGGACCAGCGUAUCAUUGCCUGGAUAGAGGAACUAAACGGUCACCUUCUUUUCCGCGACUGUGUCCAGCCAAGCCAAUGGGAACAUAAGAGUCAGUACCUUAUCUUUGAAUUUUUCUUUGAGACCGAUUGCAAUCAUGUAGGACUCGAACUCGAGGCUCAGUAUUGGAAACACUUUGAAUUCUUUCCGCAGCAGUCGUCGAUGGAUGUUUCGGUUGUGAGAAGCGUACGGAGAGAAGUUAUUUGCUAUAUUGGAGAAGCAAUUACGUUGAGUCAAUCCACGGCCGGUUCGAUAUUCUGGACCCUGGAGCAAAUGAAGCAAAUCAUCGAACAUCUAGCCAGUAUCGGUUCGUACUUGUAUCUAGUCCUGCAUAGCAUUUUUAUAAUGAAGAAACAGAAGACCUUGCAGACAAUGGGCUCAUACAUGAAACCGGUAUCGUGUUCUGUUGUAGAAUUUUAUACAUCUUACGUGCGUUGCUUUCUCACAAACCCUAUCGUCAUCAAGUAA